CGUCUUCAAAGACAGACAGAGCGCGUGGGGCUCAGUUUCAAACGGCAGCGCUGCAAUUGCAAGCAAAACAACAAAAAAAAUUGCACGGGCUAGUGCGUGACGGUGCAAACAAACAAAUAUAAACAUCGAAAAAAUAAAACAAAAUACAAGUGCUGUAAUUUAAUGCGCAAUGCAGUGCACAAAAAACUAAAACGCGUCGCUCAAAACAGCUAAAAAAACAUGUGUAAACGCUAAAGCGUCGCUUUGUGUGGCUAAUGGAUGCUUUAAGUGUAAUUUUGAGUGAUGCUUGAUUGACACGGCACUUCAGUUUUACAAGCAGCCCACCCAGGCAGGCAUUAAAGUAUUGUCAAAUAUAUAAAUAGUCGCCACAUUAAUGCUGCUGUCAGCAGGAAAAUACCAAAAAACCAAUAAAACCAAUAUGAAAUAAAACACGCGCGUAUAAAAGAAAAUUGCAAUAAUAAAAUAUAUACACACAUACAUGUAAAGCAAGCAGCACAUGUUCAUGUGAGAGCCUGUAGCCUAAUCAACUACAAGAAAAAUAAAAAAAAAAAUAGUAACAAAACUGAAAGGCAACAAAACAAUAGAAAAAGAAAAUAACGUUGAGCUAAGCAACUUAUUUUGAUUUUUUUUUUUGCGCUUUCAUUUUCUUGCGGCUUUCGCUUUCGCUCACAUUUUCAUUGCCUGCCAUUAUUCGUCGCGCUUGUAUGUGUGUGUAUAGCUGUGCAUUGUGUGUGUGUGUGUGUGUGCGUGCGAUUGUAUUUCGGCAACAUUCACAUAAAAAGGGAUAAAAUAUUCGUCAGCAUUGAUUUUUGUCAACGCAAGCAGCGCACAACUGAUGCUUAACUAUAACAACAACAACAACAGCAACAACAACUCAACAGCAACAGCAACAACAACAACAACAUAUUGACAUUAAACAAAGUUCGAACUUUGUUAUGCUAUCGGUGCGUGUAUACACAAAACUGAGCCAAAGCUGAUUAAAACGAAAGCUAAUCUGGCACGAUAUUCAUAUAAAAAGUUGUCCGAGCAACAAACAAACAAACAACAAUAGUGUGAGCAGCAAUUGUUGUGUGUGGACAGAAAUCUGGGAACACGUGUCGCAUACGCAAUGCCAAGCAACAACAACAACAAGAACAACAACAAAAGGCAGAAAAAACAGGACGCAGUGAAGAGCGCUAAAGAAAUGAAUUGCGUUAUAAUUUCAUUAAGGACAAAAGCCUUUUUUGCCAGCAGCGUGUGAAGGGCUCGCAAAGAAACAAAAAAAAAAGGGAAGCUAAAAAUAAAGCAAAAGCCGACAGAGAGGAAUAACAAAAGCAAUUGCUCUACUUGGCGGCGACGCAGCGAGGCAAGCAAAAUAUCAAGCGAGUGGCAUUUUUAUGAAAUUAAUACAAAAGGCACAAGUUCCCAUGCAGCCAGCAGCGGCAGAGGCAGCCAUGACAGCAGCAGCGAUGGCGACAACGCCGACGUCGACGCCAACGCGAACGUGGACACAAUGAUGAGCACUCGCCAGAGAUUCUCAGAUUAUAAUGACGCUUGAGCUUGCGUUUUUAUUGCGCGACACUUGAGUAGGCAACAACAACAACAAAAGUAAGAAGAAGAAGACGAAACAGAAGAAGCAGCAGCAGAACAGCAGCGUGACUGUGUUGAGCGCUAGAUGGCGCUAAUGAUAUUUGACUUCAUCAACAAUUUGACAUGCAAACGUGACCAAAGUGCAAGCAAAGUCAACGAAUAAACACACACAAAGCAAAGCAAAAUAUAUAGAGCACUUAUAGAAUGAAGACUGUGAGCAUGCCACGCCCACUUUUAAUAGCACUGCUGCUGCUAAGCAGCUGCGCUGCGUGCCCGCCUGAGGUUUGUGUUUGCAAAUGGAAAAAUGGCAAGCAGACAGUUGAGUGUGGUGGACAGCAGCUGGCCAAUCUGCCAGAUGGCAUGGACCCGGGCACGCAGGUGCUAAACUUUAGCGGCAAUGCGCUGCAAGUGUUGCAAAGCGAGCGAUUUCUGCGCAUCGAUUUGCUUAAUUUGCAAAAGAUUUAUUUAUCACGCAAUCAGCUAAUACGAAUUAAUGAGAAAGCAUUUCGUGGAUUAACAAAUCUAGUGGAGCUAGAUCUGAGUGAAAAUGCGCUGCAGCAAGUGCCGAGCGAAACAUUUCAGGAUUACAGUUCGCUUAUGCGAUUAUCGCUCAGCGGCAAUCCGAUACGUGAGCUCAAAACUUCAGCAUUUCGUCACUUGAGUUUUUUGACAACACUCGAGCUGUCGAACUGCCAAAUCGAGCGUGUGGAGAACGAAGCGUUCGUGGGCAUGGACAAUUUGGAGUGGCUGCGCUUGGAUGGCAAUCGCAUUGCCUUCAUACAGGGCAAUCAUAUAUUGCCCAAAUCGCUGCAUGGCAUUAGCUUGCAUAGCAAUCGCUGGCAAUGCGAUUGUCGCCUGCUCGAUGUGCACGCUUGGCUGGCAGCCUAUAAUAUACCACUGGCGGAGGAGCCCAAGUGCAUGGAGCCGGCGCGUCUGAAGUCGCAGUCAAUCAAAACGCUGCAGCGCGCACAGCUCGCGUGUUUGCCCGAGGUGAGCCCGCAGUCGAGCUACACUGAAGUGAGCGAAGGACGCAACAUGUCCAUCACCUGCAUAGUGCGUGCCAUACCAGCGCCGAAGGUGCUGUGGCUAUUCAAUGGCCAGGUGAUGAGCAAUGACAGUUUGGUGGAUAAUUUGCACAUGUUUUAUUAUAUUGAUGAGAGCGGCGGCAGCGGCAGCGAAGAGAAGCGCAGCGAAAUUUUUAUAUACAAUGUGGGUGCGGAGGAUAACGGCACUUUUAGCUGUGUGGGUCAAAAUAUUGCGGGCACCACCUUUAGCAAUUACACGCUGCGUGUUAUAAUCAAAGAGCCGCCCGUGGUGAACGAGGUGAGCUUUCCACGCGACUAUAUGAACUAUAUAGUGGCCAGCAGCGCUGGCGGCGGCAUUAUCUUUGCUGUUCUACUUUGCACUAUUGUUGUGAAGUGUAAACGCAGCGGCGCUGAGCCCGACAAGCGCAAGAAGUGUGAGCAGGUGACCAGCAUUGCGGCAAGUGCGGAUGCCACAAGCGGCGGCGGCGGCGCACAGGAUAUGAAAUGCAGCUCCAUACUGAACGAUACCGAUAGCUUGAAUGCGGAUAAUCUAACGCCCACUAAAGCAGCAGCAGCUGCUGGCGCUGGCAAUGGCUCGAGCUUAAAUUUGGGCCUGGGCAAUAGCGGUGGACUUAUACUAGGCGGACAAAUGAAGCAGAAUCUGCUGCUAUAUGCCACGCCCACUCAGCAGCAGCAUCAGCAGCAGCAGCAGCAGCUACAACUUAAUGUCAGCAUGAUGUCCGCUGGUCCUGGCUCACCGCCGCUGCUGCUAAGCAAUGGACUGAGCGCUGCUUAUUGCUCGCCGCCUGCUUCGCUGCGCAAUUACACUGAAAAAAAUCCAGAUCUGGUAAACGAUGCUGAGAGCGUCAAGCACAAACUUAAAACUGCCGUCAGUUUGGACGACAGCGACUGCGCGCAAUUCGAGGGCUGCUAUCAGCUUGCCACGCCCUCAAUGCUUAACCUAGGCACGCGCUUUGCCGCCGCUGGUGCAAUGACUACGCUGCCGCGUGGCAUGCAACUGAAGUCGGUGCUCAGCUCGCCGCAUCAGGUCGAUGUGCAUUUGAAUCCGGUUUGCUUUUUGGGUCAGGAUGGAUUUGCCUACGACUACAGCAGCGCGCAUUUGGUGCAACAGGUGGCGCCAACGCCGCAGCAGCAGCAGCAGCAGCAAAACUUUUAUCGCACCUUGCCGCACAAUCGCGCGCACAAGCAGCAGCAGCAGCAACAGUUGCAACAACAGCAACAAUUUGCUGCUGCCAAUGGCGCUUUGCGUUACAGUUUGGAGGCUGAAUUUGUGCAGCGUGCGCCCAACGUGGGCUACGAAAAGUAUCAGCUGCCCAAUGUGCGUUUCACAGCCGAGGGCUAUCCGCUGCAGCAACAGUUGCAACAGCAGCAGCAACAGCAGCAGCAACAAUUUCCAUCACCACCCGAAGGCUACAAAAGCAGCGAUCUGGCGCAGCUGCCAGCGUUUCAGCAAUGGCCCAGCUGCCUGCCCGGCUAUCAUGCGCAGCCGCUGCGCUUUAGCCUGCCCGCCGGCACGCCCACUACGCCAGCGCCACCACCAGCAGUAGCCGCAGCAGCAGCAGCAGCAGCGCUAGAGCCAAGCGACAGCUCCAUACCCGAGCUGGACGAAAGCGAACUCUCGCCCAGCGGCAGCGUCUCAGCUGUGGGCGGCGCUGCCAGCAGCGACAACAGUCAACAGCCGCCCAACGGCGACGCGGACAAGCUGAAGCAACUCAAUGGACCGCUGGCCGAUAGUCCAGAUGAGGGCUAUGUGGGUGAAGCGCCCGAGACGAGCGACAUUUGACAACGCGGCGGCGCCGCCGCUACACAGGAUGCUGCCUUAGACGAUUCAGUUGCUCUAUAGAGCGCACACACACACACAUAAACACACACACACACGUAUACACUUAAGUUAGUUGUAGUUUGUCUAUCGCCCCCAGCAAAAGCAGCAGCAAAAACAAACGCAGCGCACAUUGAAUACACUUGCCAAAAUUAAGCUGCACUUGUAUUUUAAUUUAAAGUAUUUUCGAAAUACUCAAUUCAUAUUUUUGCGAAU